AAGAAGAUGCCAUCAGGUCUGUAAGCUCACGCAUGAAUAAGAAGACAAACAAAACCAGAAUGGAUCGGCAUGCCAGCACAUUCCGUCUGGCUUUCCUGCUCCUGGCCACAGUUGCGCUGGGAAAUGGCCAAAGCAGUCAGCUCACCGUCGAUUCCCAUGACAUCACCGUUCUCCUGAAUACAAACGAGACGUUCGUGGUGUUCGCCACCGAUUUAUUAACCACCGAUGUGGAAGUGAAGCUGCGCACGGAUUCCCCUACCCACUUGAGUCUGGAUCCUGCGUCAUUCUUUUAUCCAGCCGGCAGUACCCAGAAUCAGUCGGUGGUGAUAACUGGCCUGAGUGCCGGCUAUGUGAAUGUGUUCGCCGAUAACGAUGUUGCAGACAGUGAGAUCGUACAGGAUGUCUUUGUGCGAGUGACAGUGGCCAAAUCACGGGCUAUAAUAUACACAUCGCUCGUGUUUGGAUGGGUGUACUUUGUGGCCUGGUCGGUGUCCUUUUAUCCGCAGAUCUGGAUCAACUUCCGCCGCAAGUCGGUGGAGGGUCUUAACUUCGAUUUCGUGACCCUGAAUAUCGUGGGCUUCACUCUGUACAGUAUGUUUAACUGCGGCCUAUACUUCAUUAAGGAUCUGCAGGACGAGUACCAAGUGCGACAUCCUCUUGGCGUGAAUCCCGUGAUGCUCAAUGAUGUGGUAUUCUCCCUACAUGCCAUGUUUGCCACCAUCAUUACGAUCCUCCAGUGCUUUUUCUAUCAGAGGGCCCAGCAAAGAGUGUCGUUUAUUGCAUAUGGAAUCCUAGGAAUAUUUGCCGUCGUCGUGAUCGUUUCCGCUGGUUUGGCCGGAGGAUCAGUCAUCCACUGGUUGGACUUCCUGUACUACUGCAGCUACGUGAAGCUGACCAUCACCAUCAUUAAGUACGUACCACAGGCUCUGAUGAACUACCGAAGGAAGAGCACUUCCGGCUGGAGCAUCGGCAACAUCCUGCUGGACUUCACGGGCGGUACUCUUAGUAUGCUGCAGAUGAUCCUGAAUGCCCACAACUAUGACGACUGGAAGUCCAUAUUCGGGGAUCCCACCAAGUUCGGACUGGGUCUGUUUUCAGUGCUCUUCGACAUUUUCUUCAUGCUGCAGCAUUAUGUGUUUUACAGGCAUUCCCGAAAAACCUCGAGUUCUGAUCUCACCACCGAGACAGAAGCCCAGAAUCGAUCAAAUGAAUCGCCGAGCGAUGUGACGACUGAGAAAUAUUAACGCAUUGAUAUGUGUGCAGUACAACCCUUUGUGCCAAUAGCGACUUUUUGUACAUUUUAGAAUUGUAAAUAUAUUUGUACGCCUUAGCUGCAUAAGCUUUAUAUAAACUGCGGCUUUU